AGUAAAUUGCUAUCAACGUAAAGCACAUGUGGACAUUGAUAAACGCAUGAUAUAAGCAACAUAUUAUCUUGAUAACACGGAUUCGAAUAUUCGUCAGGUUAUCAGAUUUGUAAAAAGCAUCGGCAGUCGGUACGUCAAGAAUAAAAAUCCUUAAAACCAAAAACCAACCGAUAUUAGAAAAUAUGGAACCUAUACGGUUUUCGGUGGUCUCAUCGAAUUGUAACAAUACGAACGGACCGAGACUGGGUACCUUGACGCGGUCAAAUUAUCGAAUCGAUACUCCAGCGUUUAUGUUUUAUACAAAAGUAAAAAAAAGAUGUUCCUUUUAGACGGUUCGAUCGAAACCAUACGCCGUUAAGUUUAACAUAGGUAUUUUGCAUUAUUAUUUAUUUUCAUUAUUUUUUUUUUUUUUUGUCUAGAGUGGAAGCGUGCCAUAUGUAUCGCGGGAGGUAUUUGACAAAAUUUUACCCAAUGAUCAGGUUUUGUUUAAUCAUCCAUUGCCUACAAAUCUAAACUUUUAUGAAACUUUGAAGGAAUACAACCUCGGUCUGAAUAAAUUUGUCGGAUUCGAGGUAAGUGUUUUACAUUAUAUUUGUCUGUUGUUUUUUGAACUUGAUAGUUAUUUUCUUUUAGGUACUACUGAAAUGUGCAAAUAAAUAUCAAGUAUUUACUAAAUUAUUAAUAAUAAAUAUUUUUCAGAAUUAUUUCUGUUGUUGCUCAAUAACUGACUGUGCUGUAGAAACUCGUCAAGGUUUUAAUGUAAAAGAUAAAGUUGCUAUUAAAUCAAAAUCUGGAAAUCAACUGAUUACCUAUGAAAGGUAAAUUAAAAAAAAAAAUUGCAUACACAUAUUUUAAUUACUUCAAUAUUAGAAAAUUGAUAACAAAUAGGUAUUACUUUUUAUGAGAAAUUAAAAAUAUUGAACAAAUUUCAAUUACCUAAUAAUGUUAGUACAAUUUUAAUAAUAAUUAUAUUGUUUAAUACUUAGGUAUAUGGAUAUCAUGGAAGUAUUCAAACCCGAUAUGUAUGUUACUCUAUGCAUUUCAAACACUAAUUUAGAUAGUGUAUAUUCAGCUAUUGAAAAGUCAGUAAAUAUUUCCAAUAGGCUUUUUCAUAGUUGUUUGGAAAGACAUAACAAAUCGGAGGUAAAAAUGUAUAUAUUUUUGCAUUGUAGAAAAAAAUUAUUAAGAAGGCAUUUUUAUUUUAGAUAUUUAUAUGUGAAUUAAUUGAGUCCAUUUCUAGACAGCAAUAUUCACAUGCUCUGAUUUGAAAUAAUUGACUAUAAAAUUAUUUCAAUAUUUAGGUUUUAACUAAUUAUUUACAAAUACAUUUAGUUGUUUGUGAACAUUACUUAUGAUAAAUUAUUGUUUUAGUUUUUAUAGUUUUAUAGUAUUUAAAUUAUGUAUUAAACAUUCAAAUGAAAAUGUUCUGAUGGCUUUUAUUACUUUUAUUAUUUCAAAUAAAAAUUUGAGUUUUAAAUUUAAAUAUUUAGUAAAAACUCAAAUCUAUAUAUUUGGAUUUAAUGGUUAUUACCCUUUUAUAUUACAUUUAAACAAUUUUUUACCAAUAUUAAAGAAGUAAUAAUAUAUAUAAUUUUUACAGAAAGACAGUGCCUAAUACCCUUAAAGACUUACUUAUCAAAUAAAUAAGUUACCUCCAUUACUUUAUCUUACAUUAUCUUUAAAUUUUAUCAAAUUAAAAAUAAUUUUUAUUUUGUCGAAAUAUUAAUAAUCCACUUAUUUAUGUUAAUUAUGUGAUUUAUUAUUUGCUUUUAGGAUACUUGAAUGUAUUUAUCUAUUUUUAUUAAACUUUCUAUUUUGUUUUUCUAAUUACUUACUAAUCCCUUGUUAAUUAACGAUUAUCAUAUCAAUAUGCUAUUAUCUUCCUUAAAAUCAAUGCAAAUGUAGAAUUAUAUAACAAUUACAUUUAGUUUAAACCAAUUUAAUGCAUUGAUGAAUAUUUAUCAUUGUGCAACAUCUUAACAUUUGUAUUGAUUUAAUAAUUUAAUUUUUUAAAUCUAUUAUUUAUUAACUAUAAAAUUUGUGGCAUCGAACAUUAGUAUAAUAUUGUGAUAUUGUGACGUUUUUAAAUAAUAAUAGUCAAUUUAUAACUGUUCAUUAUUCUAUGUAGACAUUAAAAGGAAGUGGUGUGAUUGCUCCAAUCCAAGGUGGUUACAAUGUAAAAGAAAGAAUACGAUCGGCAAAGUAUUUAGCAGAAUAUAAUGAUGUGUUGGGAUUCUUAUUUGAUGGAUUUUUUACUGAUGGAAGUACAGUUGAAGAUAUUCCCUGUGACAUAGUAAUGCCUGUUAUCACCGAAACAAUGGUAUUUGUAUUAAAAAAUUAAUCAUUUAUAAGGUCUAUUCAAAUUUUAAAAAUACAUAUGUCGUUCACAAACAAGGAAUAUCUCCCACCUGAUAAAAUGAAAAUUAUAUUUGGUGCCUGGACACCCGCCUUAAUAAUUGAUUUUAUAAAUAGCGGAAUAGAUAUGUUUGAUUCAACUUUCCCAUAUUUGGCAACUGAAAAUAAUUGUGCAUUGAUAUUUGAUUAUAACCUUAAAUAUAAGUAAGUAUUAUUAUUUUUUUAUUUCAAUUAUACUAUUUAUUUGAUGAAUUAAACAUAUUAAUAUUAUUUUUUUCAGAAAUAAUGGCAUAAUUUUGAGCAUUCCAGAUAACAACAGUGAUAAAAAUAGAGAAAAAUUAAACAUUUAUGAAAUAUGUUUAAUGGAUAAAAUGUAAGAACGUACUUUAUUUGUAAUAUAAAUAUUGAUUUUACGCAGUGUAGAUGUUACUGACAGUGUGAACUGCAAAUUAUAAAAUAAUUUAUUUGAACGCUAUAAAUGCAUAAUAUGUUGAACAGUAUUUUUUAAUAAUUUUCAUUAUGCGAGUUAUUUUAUUGUGUUUAUUUGAAAUGGGAAAAAUAUUUAAAAAUAUUAAAAUCAAAUUAAUUAUAAAUAGAUAAGAUUAUAUAAUUUAUUCUUGUCCUCCUAACUUUUUAAGAAUGUUGGAGUUGCUCUAGCAAUGAAAUUGAAGUUUCUGAUAUUGUCAAUCUUCAAAAAUUUUUAAUUUCAAAUGUACCUAUUGGUCUCUUGUUAUAAAUUUGUUGUAAUUUUCCUGUAGUAACAAUUUCAUGGAAGUUUUUUUACAGAAAUAUUAUUCAAAAUUAUUAUUGUUUAAUUUUGUAUAGUAAUUUAUAAAUAAAAUAGUAUUAUACUUUUGACACUAAGAACACAGUUUAGGUCACUUCAUGCUCUAUCUACAUGUGAUGAAAUUUUAACCUUGACUGAUUCCCCAAUUUUUUUUUUUCCUUUUAAACUAACAUAAUAUUUUAAUAAUUCACACAUAAUAAAAAAUUGUAAAACUAAAAUGUUUAACAUAUUAUACCUACAUUAAAUGUUAAAAUAAAUUGUUUUAUUGGUAGUUCACAUUGCCUAGGUAGGACCACAUUUUCCAUAACAUAAAUAUAUCAUUCAAUAGAAAGAUAUAAAUUAUAAUAAUCUGCUAUUCUACAAUAUCUGCUCUAUGUUUAUACCACCUACAAAAUAAUCUAUAGAUUAUUUUUCUGUGUUACGGGCUCAGAUGUAUACAAUAAACAUUUUUAUCUGUAUUCUGUGGUUAUGUGCAAUAUAAUUGCAAGUUAAACAUUCCAAAUCUGCAGUGUCCCAUCCAUAAGUGACAUUUCAUAUUUUUCUAGUGAAUGGUAUAUCUAUACUAUAAUAUAUAAUAAAUACUAAUACUAAUUACCGAAUUGAAAUAUUUUGAUGUGUAAUAAAUAAAUGAAGGUAUUUUGAGAGUUUUGAACCACUAAAAGACGGGUGCACUUGUUUGACAUGUCAAAAACACACUAAGGCCUAUAUUCAUCAUUUACUUGUCUCAAAUGAAGCUCUAGGCCCUAUAUUAUUAACAAUGUAAGUAUAUUUUAUUAUAUUAUUUAAAGACAUUUAUAUCAAUCUUUAUGUGGUAUCAAUCAAAAUUAAUUAUUUUUUUAUUGUUAUUAUUCAGACACAAUCUACAUUACUUCUAUCAGUUUUUCAAGGAUAUCCGUGAAGUAUUAUUUAAAAAUAAACACCAACAAUAAUUAUCACGUAUUUUUUAAUUUGGUUAAUUGGGUAUCAUAUUUUUGAAUAUUACACAGUUUUAUUUUUAAUAA